AUGAAAACCAAGCCUUGUAAAGAUCAACCUCCUUUAACGUACAUUCGUCAAAUAUGGGAAAACGAUACAGCUUUUCUUCAUAUAAAUUUUUCCUCAGUAGAGAGUUAUAAUUUAAGUGAAAAUGUAUCUUUGAAAUGUUGUUACCAAGAGAUCCGUCGAUCAACUGAUCCCGUGGAACCUGAUAAUAAAGUAGAUUUAACGGAUUGUCGCUAUUUCAAUUUUAAAACUCAAUUAUCUGCUACAGCUGAAUUUUUGUUAGUUCAAUGCAAAAAAGAGGAAAAUGGAAGCUCAACAGUUAUAUACAAAAAUGCUCAUGCUAUGUUAAGAAGGAAGCCCGAAGUACAUAAACGUAUUGAAGAGAAACUAUCAAACAGAAAAACUAUUCGAAAACCAAUCAACGUGUUACUUAUCGGAGUCGAUAGCAUCUCAAGAAUCAACUUAUUGAGAUUAAUGCCAAAAACUGCUCAACAUUUACAUGAUUCUGGAUGGAUGGAACUGAAAGGUUACAAUAAAAUCGACUCAAACACUUUACCAAAUCUCAUGGCAGUUUUAACAGGAUUCAACUUGUCUGUAACCGAAAACGUUUGUGAACCAAAAAAGCAAGGCAAACUUAAUUCGUGUCCCAUCCUUUGGAACAAUUUCAGAGAUCAAGGUUACGCAACAGCUUACGCGGAAGAUUAUCAGAUAAUUAGUACAUUUGAUUAUCAUAAACCUGGAUUCGCGACACCGCCAACUGAUCAUUACUUCCGCCCAUUUGUCGUUGGAGCAGAGAAUUUUUUACACGAAAAAAAAAGUGGCGAUAAACUUUGUCUUGGCUAUCAAUAUUAUGCAGAUUUCAUCUAUCAAUAUGCUCUUGAUUUUGCAAAAGAGUACAAAGACAAACCUUAUUUUGGGCUCUUUUGGACAAACUCCUUUUCGCACGAGGAUAUCAGUACGCCAAGUAGCAUGGAUGAGUAUAUGCGAGAUUACUUAAUUAAGUUAAACAAUUCGGGAAUACUCAACGAAACGAUAGUAGUUUUUUUCAGUGACCACGGUAUGCGAUUUGGCGAUAUUUUAAAGUUAGUAACAGGGUGGUAUGAGGAACGUUUACCUCUUAUCUUUUUCUCACUGCCAGAAUGGUUCAAGAUAGAGUAUCCAGAAUUCGCCAAAAACCUAAAAGUUAAUGCAGAUCGCUUGACAACUCCAUUUGACUUUCAUAUGACCUUGAAUCAUAUUUUGUCCCUUUCAGCAGAUUCUAAUAACACAAAUGAUAAAAAAUAUGCAGAGUUAAUGUGUCCAAAGAGUCAGAGUUUGUUUCAUGAAAUACCCUCUAAUAGAUCAUGUAAUGACGCUUGCAUUCCGGAGCAUUGGUGCGCAUGCAAACCUUACGAAAAUUUCAACAAGUCUUCGUUGAUAAUAAAAAAUGCCGUCAAUUUUGCUAUUCAAAAGAUGAAUCAAGAUCUUAUUGCGUAUAAGAAAUCUCAUAACGCCACAGAACGCUAUUCGAACAAAUGUGCAGAACUAAAGUUUAAAGAAGUCAUACGGGCAAGCAUCUUAAAGCUUCCAGGGCAAAAUUUCACGCAUUACAGAGCUGCGUUUGUCGUGUCGCCAAGCGAUGGGGAAUUUGACUUCACUGUAAAGCACGACGACAAAAAAGAUAGGUUUGAAUUAGCGGGCGAUAUAAGUCGUAUAAAUAGAUAUAACGAUCAGGGAAAAUGCAUUCAAGAUAUACGCUUGAUAAAAUAUUGCUAUUGUGAAAAAUGA